AAUACUUGUGUGGCGUUUGUUUGACGUGACACUCCCCCCUAGUCGAUGGGAGGCCGACGUCACCCCUGCCAGCGGAGGAGUGGAUGGCCUCUGUAAUAAAAAUACAUGAAGAGAAUUGAGGAAAAGGAGAAGAUUGGCCGGGGGAAAAGAAAGCAGCAACACGGCGGUUAUAUCUUUCCUUCGCAUCCCACCUCUCGAGCCAUGGACGCGAACGCCUUUUGAGACGAAAAGGAAAAAAACACGGGGACGUAUUUUCGCAGCGGCGGCGGUGGCGGCGGCGGCGUCGAGAGCUCCGGUUGAAAUGCUAUGUUAUGUGUGGCUUUCUUGGUUUUUUGAGCAGACAGAGAGAGAUAACUGUACUGUAUCCCAGCCUAGCGGAUUGGAGUGAAAGUCCGCCAUAUUCUGCCUUACCACGCCCGGGAGUCGAGCCAUUGGAAAAUAAAACGGAACAGCUUUAUUCAUGUGUUUUCCCCCCGUCGCCCUCAUCAGCGACGGCAACUCGAACACAACGGAUUUUUUUUUUCGGUGAUUGAAAAAUAACAACAUUGAGGACUUUGAAGGGCUAUAAAGGGGGUGGCCGUGCACGGAUGGCAAUGCUUAACGAGAUCACACAGAGCCGUACGGAGGAUGUGUCUUAAAAGGAUCUGUUGAUCAUAUUGAGAAGGAAAAGCAGAUUACACCAAUUAAGAUUGGACAGAUAUUCAACUCAAACCGCUUUGGACACUUGUUUUGGAAGCUGUUCGGGAGGGCCCAGCAAAGCGAACCGAAACGGGGGGAGGGGGGGGAUUUCAAUAAUUUCUCAAACAUCUAAUUUUUCCUUUCCACCACAAUCUGUGUGCUGUUCGGGCUCAUUAGAAAGGGCGUCCACGCGUUAUUUCACCACAAGUAGGCCUGUAUGAGGACGUUAUUCGGCAUUCACAGGCCUCUGUGUGUGUGUGAGUGUGUGUGUGUGCGUGUGUAUGUGUUUUAUUACCCCGGCCGAUCUGAUAUCUGGAUGAAUCAGUGAAAGGAAAAAGCGGAAAAGAGCGUGUUUAAACGAGAGAGAGAAGGAAAAGAAAAGAAGAGCGAGAAUGACCCUGGAAUCCAUUAUGGCGUGCUGUCUCAGCGAGGAGGCGAAAGAAGCCAGGCGGAUCAACGACGAGAUUGAAAGGCAGCUCCGCCGGGAUAAGAGGGACGCACGCCGGGAGCUGAAACUGUUGCUUCUCGGCACUGGGGAGAGUGGGAAGAGCACAUUCAUCAAACAGAUGAGGAUUAUCCACGGCGCCGGUUACUCUGAUGAGGACAAAAGGGGUUUCACCAAACUUGUCUAUCAGAACAUCUUCACAGCCAUGCAGGCCAUGAUCCGGGCCAUGGAGACACUCAAGAUCCCCUACAAAUAUGAGCACAACAAGGGUAACGCCAACAUCGUGAGAGAGGUGGACGUAGAAAAGGUCACCAUGUUCGAGAAUCCUUACGUAGAUGCAAUCAAGAGCUUAUGGAAUGACCCGGGCAUCCAGGAGUGUUACGAUCGAAGGAGGGAAUACCAGCUCUCAGACUCCACUAAAUAUUACCUGAACGCUUUGGACCGAAUCGCAGAGCCAUCCUAUCUUCCCACCCAGCAGGACGUGUUGAGGGUUCGAGUCCCGACCACAGGCAUCAUCGAAUACCCAUUUGACCUGCAGAGUGUCAUAUUCAGGAUGGUGGACGUCGGCGGUCAGAGGUCGGAGAGGAGAAAGUGGAUCCACUGCUUUGAGAACGUCACGUCCAUCAUGUUCCUGGUAGCGCUCAGCGAGUACGACCAAGUUUUGGUGGAAUCAGACAAUGAGAACCGGAUGGAGGAGAGUAAAGCUCUGUUUAGGACAAUAAUCACGUACCCCUGGUUCCAAAACUCCUCGGUCAUUCUGUUCCUCAACAAGAAGGACCUGUUGGAGGAGAAGAUCAUGUACUCUCAUCUGGUUGACUACUUCCCAGAGUAUGAUGGUCCGCAGAGGGAUGCCCAAGCAGGGCGAGAGUUUAUCCUCAAGAUGUUUGUGGACCUGAAUCCAGACAGUGAUAAGAUCAUCUACUCUCACUUCACCUGUGCCACUGACACAGAGAACAUCCGUUUUGUCUUCGCAGCCGUCAAAGACACCAUCCUGCAGCUCAACCUAAAGGAGUACAACCUGGUGUAGAACGGAGCAGCGAGGGUUGCCAACCGGAGGCCCUCACCGCACACACACUGACUGACGCAAUCUGUGAAAAGAUAGAUCAUAUACACACACAUGAAAAAAAAAAUCAGAGAAAAAAAUUCUAAUGGUUGCGUAUUACUAAUUUAUUUGCCAUUUGUUGAUCUCUUGGUCCCCAAGGGGUGAGCAAAGUAAAUGUUCUCUUGCUAUUUAAGGAGUUGAUGAAAUAUUGUGGGGGGGCAGGAUAUCUGGAAGGGCCAGGGAGGGAUUUGCUGUUGAAUAUGUACAGCAACAAUCCUCAUUUUUAGGCUUUGCGCAUUGUGAAGUUUUUGGGGUUUUUUUUAGUUUUGUUUUGUUUUGUUGGACAGAAAGAAAGGAACUACUUUGUGCACUGGAGGUGUGGGGGCUUGUUUUGUCUGUCAGUCUGAUACAUCAGAGCUGGAAUGAAUGCAAUGUGCUCCCUCCCUCCUGCCUUUUUAUAAACAAGAAGAGGAAAAAAAAGUUUUCAUUCCUUUGCUUUUUUUUUUUUUUUUACCUUCCCUCCUUACCUGUCAGUUCAUUCUGAAGUGGGUGUUUCACCUGUUUACCCAACAGGAAUGAUGUAACAGAACUCUAAUUAAUAGCUUCCAUUUUCCUUGAUUGGCAAGUCUCUCGAUGAGUUGGCAUAAACUGUGAUUUUGUGAUGAAAAAAAUAAUAAUUUCAUAUUGAUUUGGUAUUGAUUGACUUUAAUCAUCAUAAUUACCACAUUGCAUUGACUUAUGUACCAUCUGAUUAGUAAGGCAUGUGUGACCAUGGAAGCACAUUGGUCAUGUUUUUGGAGAAAUAGCCGGAGUCGUGUGUUGAGCGACGGUCACGUGACGGCUCUCCACGACUAAUAUAACCGUGAAGUUCAGAUGUAUGAGAGAAAUUGGCUUUAAAAUUAGCUUUCUGAGCUUUGAGCGACAAGGUAAGGAGGUGCAGAGGGACCUCCGCUCUGCUGCGUCAUGGUUGGUGACUCAUGAUGGCGGCGGUCGCUUUUACACAGACUGAAGGGAGCUGAGGAGGUAAUAAUUUAUGAGACAAUGUUGUUAAAUGAUUAUGUUCAACUGUGCCACAUUAACGCUUUUUAUUAUGGUAAUAUGUAUAUUUAUUGCCAAUGCCAAAACAACUCAAGCACCAGACUCCACUUUGCGCUGUUUACUACUUUAAUGGAAGUGUUGAGAGCAGAGAAGAGCAGGGCUAAUGAACAUAGAAGGAGCGGACUGACUGACUUUACUGACUUAUUGGUCGACCAGCUGAUUCUCGCAGUUUUUGAAGUAUUCAACAAAGCUAACUGUAUUCUCCCCCUUCCACACACACAUGCACACAAAUCCACACAAGCUUGAGACUGACUAAAGCUCCAGUUCAGUUAAAGAAGAGGAGGCAGCCACCCAGUGCGCUGAACUGCUCAGACUGUCAAAUCACAACCUCGCACGUGGCUACAACCCCCUGACCUGCAGACUAUCCAGUCACAUUUUAGCUGUGUCCUUAUAUUUGUCCAAUCACAGCCCGGCUGUCUUGACUGUUGUAGUUCAAUAGCAGUGGAGAAUAAAUUUGGCUAAUUCCUAUGUAAAAGGGCAGAGUGUUGAUAUUCAGUCUGUACCAAAGGAAGCCCUUCUUGUUUCUGAUUGGCACCUCUGAUUUGCAAUUUCUCAUUCCCAAGUUACUUUGAGUAUUUUUUGUAACAAUUCCCUAGAACAUAAGCCUGUAAUUUACAUUUAUUGAGGCAUAGUGCAAUUAUGAAUGCUAUAAUCAUUGUACAUACAUCUCUCUAUAUAUAUGGCAGCAUCUUUGUUGGCUUUGUAAUCAUUACUUUUUUGGCAGAUUGAAUGUGCGGUAUUGAAAAUAUGUAUCUAUGUAAUUGUAUUGUAUGUCUAAUGGAUAAUUCAUUUUUGGAAGAAAAAAAUAUGUUAUUUA